GCAGCAUGAGCAGGAAGUGCCGGAGGCGGAGAAGCCGUAGGGCACGAGUAUGAGUUAGGGGCGGUGUGGGGAGGGAGCGGCGCGAUGCUGCCAUGAACCGCAUCCUACUGGUCUUCCUCACGUUGCCGUUCUGUGCCGCCCUUGCCCUUAAGUACAGCACUCGGGUCGUACGAACCAAGUACGGCCCUCUCCGAGGAGUAAUAGUGCAGCAACCGCCGGUUGAAGCGUUCCUAGGAGUUCCGUACGCGACGCCUCCUCUCGGAGCUCUCCGCUACAUGCCCCCUGUGACGCCAUCCAUGUGGCGCACUCCCCGUCUGGCAGACUCGUACUCUUCGGUCUGUCCCCAGAAAGCUCCGCACAUAGGCAACCGCACGGAGGCACUACUGGAAUACCCCAGAGGUCGCCUUGCCUACCUUGAGAAGUUACUGCCACUACUGGUUAACCAAAGUGAAGACUGCCUAUACCUCAAUAUAUUCGUACCUAGAAGUGGGGUUGUGAGUGAUCAUCAUCAAGGGCCUCUACCGGCUCUUCUAUACGUUCACGGGGAAAGCUACGAGUGGAAUUCUGGGAACCCUUACGAUGGAAGUGUCCUAGCCAGCUAUGGCCACAUAAUCGUCGUAACUAUCAACUAUCGUUUAGGAAUAUUAGGAUUUUUGAAGACUGGUGCCAGGGGGAGUGCCCAGGGAAACUUUGGCUUGAUGGACCUAGUGGCAGGCCUACACUGGUUGAGGGAAAAUCUCCCGUCGUUCGGUGGAGAUCCAGAAAGUAUCACUGUUAUGGGACAUGGAACAGGAGCUGCACUGGCUAACUAUAUUGCCGUCUCACCUGUAGCCAAAGAGUUGCUGCACAGGGUGGUACUACUGAGUGGGUCGGGGAUGAGCCCAUGGGCUCUCCAGCGAGAGCCGUUGGCAAUCAAGCGGAAGGUUGCCGAGCAGACGGGCUGUCACGGGGACCUGGUGGAGGACGACCUAGCACCGUGUCUGCGGGGCAAGUCUCUCCCAGAGCUGCUGCAAGUGCAGGUGGACCAGCCAAGGUUUCUACCAGGGUUCGCACCCUUCGUGGACGGCGCGGUCCUUGUGAGUGGGGCAGGGGGGAGUGCGGCACUCUCGGACCUGAGUCUAGACAAGCGGGGGCCAGGAUACGAACUGGCGGACUUCCCCGACAGGGAGCUACUGUUCGGGCUCACCACCACCGAGUCAUACUUGGACCUCAGUGCGCAGGACUUGGAGUUCGGUUUCAACGAGACGCGCCGGGAUCGGAUUCUAAGAACGUAUGUGAGAAACGCUUACUUUUUUCAUUUGAAUGAGAUCUUUUCUACGCUAAAAAACGAAUAUACGGACUGGGAGAGACCUGUGCAGAACCCUCUGAAUGUGAGGGACGCUACUUUGGAAGUGCUGAGUGAUGGACACACUGUAGCCCCUCUCAUUAGGGUCGGCUAUUUGCACACAGUUCGUGGCGGUAAGACCUUCUUUCUGCACUUCUGCCACCAGUCCACCGAGCGAGACUUCCCCCAGAGAGCAGGAAGCGUGCGGGGGGAGGAUGUGCCUUACGUUCUAGGCCUGCCUCUUGUGGGGGGAGAACCAUUCUUCCCUCACAACUAUUCCAGUCAAGACAGCGCCGUUUCCAAGAAGCUCAUACAUUAUCUUUCCAAUUUUGUUAGGAGAGGCGAUCCCAAUGGUGCCGAGGGUAACAACAAACAUUUAGAUGAAGAAACCCCUUUCUGGGACACGUACGACUCAAUCAAUCAACUGUAUUUAGAGUUAGGUAGUAAGACCGAGGUGCGGAGCCACUACCGCGGACAUAAGAUGUCGUUGUGGCUGAAUCUUAUACCACAGCUGCACCAGCCCGGGCUCGAGGACCUCAGCAUGCGUCACCAUCACUUCCAAGAAGAGGGCGCCCAAUACUAUGAUGGAUCUGUUAGACCCCAGUCUCUUCAGAGGCCAAGCAUUCCGACGACCACGACAACGACAAGCACGACCCCACCACCACAGGUAACCACGCGCACCCCGGCGACCACCCGUCGGACUGAUGUGACCACCACGGAGUGUCCGCCCAACGCCACUUCCACCACCCUCGAGUCGCGGCCCAACAGCAACAACCUGCUCCGGAAACUGGCGUCCAACCAUUACCAGAGCUACACUACGGCACUCACUGUGACCAUCGCUGUUGGUUGUUUCCUGCUCCUGCUCAACGUCCUUAUCUUCGCGGGCAUCUACCACCAGCGAGACAGGUCCUCUGGCGAGAAGAAGAAAAAGAAGAAGGAAGAGCUGGCCGAGGUGAACAGUUGUUCCAGCAGCUCGGGGGACGCAGAGGCAAAGCAAGCUCUGGUGGAGUCGAUGUCCAGUCACCACAUGACUUCUUCCAGUACCAUGGUUGACCUCCCUCUGCAAGAGUUCAAGUCGUCUCCUCCGUCCGGGGCGAGACGUGGCUCCAAUUGUCCUCCCAUAUACUGUGAUCCUCCGGAGGUGACGAGUCCCUCCAUUCCAGAACCGCCCCCACCCCCGAAAGCUCAACCUCCUCAGUGCAAUCAGUCCGGCAUCUUGAGACAACAAGGCUGCCCACAGACUCCUAGUACAAUGAAGAAACGUGUUCAAAUACAGGAGAUUUCCGUGUGACGCUCACGCGAGUGUAUAAGCCAUGGGACUAUUAUUUAUGAAAUGUUUCUAAUUUUUAACUACUGUUUGUUAACAAUGAGGUAUUUUAUUCGUGUUAUCAUGCAAAUUAUGCUUCGACGAUUUCUAGACAUAACUCAGUGCAUAGGAAUUGAAUUAUACUAAAUCUAGGCAUAUCGUAAGGAAAUCAAACGGAGGCUUCAGGUUUAUACAGUAGAGGUUUAGGUGAAUUUCGUCAGGUCUGGGAUAGAAGGAGAAAACGAGUGAGGCACGACAAUGUUAUUGUAUUUACCUUCACAUGUUAUUGUUGGUAAUCCAAUAUGUAAAUACUUGUAAAUUUUUACCAUUUUAAUUUUAAAAGCUAAGUUGUAUCGUGCCUCACGCGUUUUAACAUAAAAAAUUGUUUACGGACUAUUGUUUAAAUAUUUACAAAGGGUAUAUUUCAAAGUUAAUUUAUUGUAAUGAAACUAAAUAAAACGACUGUAAGUAUUAUUCAUGUUGAAAAUAUGUCAAAAUUGUUGCUGUUACUGUGAUCACUUUCAGUUGCCCUCAAUUUUACGUUUUAAUACGGGAAUGUGUUCAAACGACGCAGCAUUCCGCUGCCCCUCCAUUUCGAUGUCUCGGUUAUUAUCGUUCACACAAUAUUAAUAAAUCGUAUAUUUAUGAAUGUUGCUUUUUAUUUAC